AUGCUUGAUCAUCGUAUUAUCAUAUCUAUUAUUGUAUUCAUCGUUGCAUUCAGUGCAUUCUGUGUUCUUUCAAUAAAUUCACCUAUUUGUAGCACUGAUUCAAAUUGUUCAAAAGGCCAAACUUGUUCAAAUGGUCAUUGUAUUACUUCGCAAACCAGCGUAAAAGUGAAACGUUCUAGUGAUGGUGAUGAUGGUGGUUAUGGUGGUUGUUUUUCUGGUAGUGACAGUGUACGACUGGAUAAUGGAAAAUUAAAACUAAUGCGUGAUUUACAAAUCGGUGAUUCGAUUUGGUCAGGUAAUCAGAAUGAAUUAUGUUUAACAAAUGUUAUUCGUAUACCUCAUGCCGAUCCUAAUCUUUUGUUUCUUUUUUAUACAAUGAAAACACGAAGUGGCCAUCAAAUAACUGAUCAGUUAACACUUAAUCACUCACUUCAUUUUAUUGAUUAUAAUAAUACUAUUAUAUCUUCAUCUAUAGUUAAUAUUAAACGUGAACAUAAAUUAGGUGUUUUUCAACCCGUAACAUUAUCAGGUACAUUAUUUGUUAAUGAUAUUGUUGCUUCUUCCUAUCUUAAUAAUCUUAAAUUAACUCAUGAAGAAUUACAUGAUAUAUUAGCACCACUUUGUUGGCGGUUUUAUAUCGUAAAUCCAUUUGGAAAAUGGAUUUCUCAAUCAAAUUAUAAUCAAUUAUUUGUACAUUGGUUUCAAAAACGACUUAUUUGCUAUAGAAAUUAUCUUUCAUUAAUUUAUAAAGUAUUUACUGCAUCUUUAAUCUUAUUUUUUAGUAUAAACAUUAUUAAAAUCAAAUAUUCUUCAUAA